AUGUCGAAAAUGGGACGUAUGGAAUCUGACACCGACCCCAACUCGGUCACCAUCUUGAGCAAGCGCGGUCCGGCUCACAAAACGCUCAAAACUGCUUCUGUAAGUCGUAUUUUAUAUAUUUUUGAUUGUUUAGGACUUGAAUUCUGCUCAACGUCGUGGUGUGGAACUGGAAACGAACAAGAAGUUCUUUGCUGGCUCUAACCGUCAACACAAGACUGACAAGAACACGUUGAGAUUAGAUGAAGAAACUGAGGAGCUGAAGCACGAGAAGGUCGGUCUAACGUUGUGUAAGGCUCUACAACAAGCUAGGCAAGCUAAGGAGUGGACGCAGAAGGAUCUGAGCACGGUAAGUUAUCUUUUUACUGAUGUUUUAUACUUUCGUUCAUAUUUUAUUGUUUUUUGUUUACGUGUUUAUUUCAACGUUUUGCUUCGGAUGAUUAAAACGGUUUUUUUUCAGCGUGUCAAUGAGAAAGUAGAAGUAGUUCGGGAGUAUGAAAACGGAAAAGCCAUUCCUAAUCAACAAGUUCUGACCAAGAUGGAGCGAGCAUUGGGAGUGAAGCUUCGAGGUAAAGACAUAGGCCAACCGUUGGGAGGUCCAAAGAAGAAGUAG